AUGGGAAUGCUGGCCCAGGCGUAUCCAGACGAUGCCGAACGCGGGAGCGCUAUGGGAAUCGCUUUGGGAGGCUUGGCGUUAGGUGUGCUUGUGGGCCCACCCUACGGCGGAGUACUCUAUGAAUGGGCUGGAAAACCACUGCCUUUCAUUCUGUUGGCCUUAUUGACGUUAUUCGACGGAAGUCUCCAAUUCAUGGUCCUCCAACCCAAAAUCGAUCGUGGCGAGCCGGAGGGUAGCUCGAUGAAGCAGUUGGCCAAGGAUCCUUAUAUUAUCGUGGCUGCUGGCGCCAUCACGAUUGGUAAUCUUGGAAUUGCCAUGCUUGAGCCCUCACUACCACUUUGGAUGAUGGAAUCGUGGCAGGCUGGGUCUUUUGAGAGGGGUAUCGCCUUCCUACCCGCUUCGAUCUCGUACCUUGUUGGGACGAAUAUUUUCGGGCCUUUGGCCCACAAGAUGGGACGAUGGUUAUCCGCCUUCAUCGGCCUCGUCAUCAUCGGCUUUUGCCUAUUGCUUAUUCCUUCGGCAACUUCAGUCGGAGGCCUGAUUAUCCCACAUCUUUUCAUGGGGUUCUCGAUUGGUAUGAUCGACGCAUCGAUGUUCCCAUUGAUGGGUCAUCUGGUGGACCUCCGCCACGUCGGUGUCUACGGCAGCAUUUACGCGAUAGCUGACGCGGCUUUCUGCUUUGCAUUUGCACUUGGGCCCUUCUUCUCUGGACCCUUGGUGCGGUCAGUGGGAUUCCCGACUAUGAUGUACAUAAUCGCGAUCAUCAACUUCAUCUACGCGCCGUUGAUGUUCAUGCUGAGGAGUCCACCGCCGAUUAUUCGGGAAAACGAGGCAAGUGCCGUAUCAAAUGGCGUGACGGCCCAACUCCCGGCUACUAAUGACAACUACCAAAAGAUUGAGGGAACCGAUGCGGCUCGGAUGCAGGGGUAUCAAUACGAAUAC